AUGGUCGACGCAUUUAAAAAGCGAAAACUUGCUGCAGCUUUUGCUAUAUUCAUCAGUCUUGACGAGCAAGAAAAGAAGCCCACUCGUGGAAAAACUCGUCGAUGGAUUAAAAGACGCGGAGAGAUGGGUUACUUUAAUACUAUCGUUAGAGAAUUGAUGAUGGAAGACACUGCGUCGUAUUGCGAAAUGAUGCGAAUGUCAUAUAAAGAUUUUAAAUACAUACUUCAAGAGAUUGCAUCGCUCAUUACUCCACAGAGAAUCAACGGAGGGCAAAGAGUAAUUUCCCCCGCAGAAAGAUUAACAUUAACUUUAAGAUUCCUGGCCACGGGAGAAACAUUCCGAAGUAUGAGCUUCCAGUUCAAAGUAUGUGUGGCUGCAAUAUCAUACAUUAUUAAAGAAGUUUGCAAGGCCAUAAUUAAGCAUCUUGGACCAAAAUUUUUCAAAGUUCCCUCAACCAAUGAGCAAUGGCUUGAAAUAGCUUCUAAGUUUGAAGAAAGGUGGAACUAUCCAAAUUGUAUUGGAGCUAUAGAUGGGAAGCACAUUGUGAUGCAGCCACCUGCGAAUGUGGGCUCCUAUUACUACAACUAUAAGCAUACUCAUUCCAUUGUACUUAUGGCUAUAGCUGGACCUGAUUAUGAAUGCAUCUAUGCUGAUGUUGGAACAAAUGGAAGAGUUUCGGAUGGUGGAGUCUGGAAAAAGUGUGGACUUUCCAAGGCAAUAGAAGAUGGUGCAGUGUCUCUUCCUCCACCAAAGUUGUUACCUUUAGGGAUGGUUGAAGUGCCUGAUGUAUUUGUUGGUGAUGAUGCUUUUGCAUUGCAAAAACACAUGAUGAAACCUUACCCCCAACACGGCCUUACAGAUGACAAGAGAAUUUACAACUACAGACACAGUCGUGCACGAAGAGUUUCAGAGAAUCUUUAUGGAAUUAUAGCCAACAGAUGGCGUGUUUUCAGGUCUGUGCUUUUGCUUUCACCUAGAGCCAUUGAAGAUCUGGUUUUAGCUGCAAUAAUAUUGCACAACUACCUCAGAAAGAGUACAUCCUACAGUAUUUACUGUCCUGUAGGAAUUACAGAUAAUGAAACAAGUGAGGGAGAACUGAUUCCUGGUCAGUUGCGCAAUGACAACCAUUCUGAGUCAUUUCUUCCAUUAUCUGUACCACCAACAGGUCACAAUGCUACAACCGAAGCAAAGAACAUUAGAGAUAACUUCAAGGAAUAUUUCUGCAAUGAAGGAGCAGUUGAAUGGCAGUGGAAUUUAAUUUAA